AUGGGAGUCCCAAAGUUUUACAGAUGGAUAUCGGAGCGCUACCCGAAGAUCAACCAGAUCGUCUCGGACUCUACCCUUCUCCCGGAGUUCGACAACCUCUACCUAGACAUGAACGGGAUCCUGCACACGUGCACGCAUCCUAAUGAUGACGGGCUCAGCGCUCAGCUGAGCGAGAGAGACAUCAUCCUGGGAAUCUUCCACUACAUCGACCGCAUCGUGACGCACAUCGUCCGCCCGAGGAGGGUGCUGUACAUGGCCAUCGACGGCGUCGCCCCUCGAGCGAAGAUGAACCAGCAGCGGUCGCGCCGCUUCCGCGCCAGGAAGGACAUGCAGGAGGCCAAGCUCAUCGCGGAGUCAAAGGGAGAGGUUGUGGACGAUACGGCUGUCUUCGAUAGCAACUGCAUCACCCCCGGAACGGAGUUCAUGGCCAAAAUUUCCAGGCAUCUCAGGUACUUCGUUCAGAAGAAGAUCACCGAAGACCCUUUGUGGAAAGCUCUUACGGUGACGUUCUCCGGGCACGAGGUGCCCGGAGAAGGGGAGCACAAGAUUAUGGCGUACAUCCGGGAUGAAAGGUCGGCGGGGAGAUUGCCGCCGAACACUAGGCAUUGCAUGUACGGCCAGGACGCGGACCUCAUCCUGCUAGGACUGGUGACGCACGAGCCGCACUUCACACUGCUCAGAGAGGUGGUCAACUUCGGCCAGAACGCCGCCCGAGGCAAGAACGCCUCCAAAGUGGUUGUAAAAACCACCCGGGACGCUCAGUUCCAGCUGCUGCACCUGUCGGUGCUGAGGGAGUACGUGUGGGCGGAAUUCACGCGGGACAUGCCGGAGGAAACGGCGGCCGAGAUGGACAGGGAGCGUGUCGUCGACGACUUUGUUUUCUUGACAUUUCUCGUGGGCAACGACUUCUUGCCGCACAUGCCGUCGCUAGACAUUGGCGAGGAGGCGUUUUCGCUGCUGUUUCAGAUCUACCGCAGCCUCAAGCCCGGGUGGGGGAGCGGUGGCUACCUCACACGCGAGGGUACUAUCGAUUGCGCCGACCGUUUGGAGGCGUUUUUGUCGGAGGUGGGGUCGAGGGAGGACGAGAUUUUCUCGGAGCGCGCGGAGGAGGAGGCCGAGUUUAGGGGUCGCCGCAGGAAGACCAGCAAGCGGUUCGGGCGUGCGGAGGAAGUUCCCAGCGAGGCGGAGAUCGCUCUCGAAGAGGCCAAGCGGCAGAGGUCAUACGAGAAGGCGAUGUUGGACACGAUGGGUUACGUGCCGGAGACAGAGGACGGAGGGAAGGACUACAAGGGGAGGUAUUACUUCGAAAAGUUCGGCAUCACGCCCCUGCACACAGAGAUCCACGACCGGCUUAGAGCCGCCUACGUGGAGGGUUUGCUAUGGUGCCUGGCGUACUACUACCGGGGGUGUGUCAGCUGGGGGUGGUUCUUCCCGUUUCACUACGUGCCCAUGAUCUCCGACCUGUAGGAAGGAACGAUUGGCCAUCGGUGAUCGGUCCUGUGGGAACAAUGCUCCGUCCUCUCGAGGACGCGUGGUCAAUGGUCUAACCUCUAAGGCAUGCACAACAUAAGAGUACGCCCCCCC